UUUUUUUUUCUUAUAAAUAUAAAAUUCUAUUGUAGUCUUGAUAUUCGUUCAAAUAAUAUAAAAGGUGAUGGUUUAUGUAGUAUUGCUGAUGCCGUUAAAUUCAAUUCAGCUCUUACAGAAUUAUUUAUUUGGGGAAAUGUUUUUGAAGAACGAGCUUGCUUAGCUAUUGAAAAUCUUUUAACAAUUCAUCGUUUUGAACCUGAACAUGUGGAUGUUACACCAUAUCGUGUUGAUGCACGAACAUAUCUUGCUGAAUCUCCAAAUACUCUUGAUAAAUAUGCAUAUUGGAAACAAGUUGAACCAUUCCUUCGUAUUCAACCAGCCGUAGAUCGAAUAUCAUUGACUGAACGUACUUAA